UCGUCUUAGCUACACUGAAUGUGAUGGCGACCAACAUCGAACAGAUUUUCAGAGAUUUUGUAAUGAAUAAAAUAAAAGAAAUCGAGGACGAAAGCCAAGAUAAUAGUCAUAAAAGCCAGGCAGAUUCCAAUGAUGGGGAGCCACACCGUGACCAAGGAAUAGGAAUAAACAAGGAGGUGCAUCCUGCUGAAACAAUAGGUAUAACCAUAGAUAAAGUCACAAAUGCCAGCUCCCAAGACAACAGCAAAGAGGAAAUUAUUACUAAACACAAGAAAGCAAAAAAGCACAAAAAACACAAAAGCAAAAAGAAGAGGAAGAAACAUAAAGAGGAAAAGGAGAGCAGCUCAGAGUCUGAAUCAAAUGGAGAGAAUCAAGAAAGUGUAAAGAAAAAGAAGAAGAAGAAGAAGAAAAAGAAAAAGAAAAAGCACAAAGGAGGAGAGAAAGAAAUAAAGUCUGGCUCACGGUCUGGGAGCUCCUCUGGCUCUGAAUCAGAAUCUGAGCAUGAAAUAAAACCUUUCAGUGGUAGUACCAAAUCCUCAACAGGGGAGAUUUUGGCAAAAGCUGAACUUUGUGACGGAAGUAAUGUUGAGAAACUUCAAGAUUUACCUGAUAUUGUUCCUAAGGUUGAAGCCACUGCUGACAAGAACAACGAAACUGAAAGAGGCAAUGAAAGGAAAAGAAGCUCCAGUCAAUCUAAAGCAUCCCAACAGGAGAAAACUUUGAGAAGACAGUGUUCACGUUCUAGGUCAAGAAAAAGAAAGUCAGGACAGAGAUCUGGAUCUCGAUCACCCAGAAAAUCCCGAAGAUCAAAGUCAGCAUCUCGUUCAAGGGAAAGUCCCAGAACACAGUCUCCACAGCAGAGACGGAGAAGCAGAUCUAGGUCAAGGUCACAAAGGCGAAACAGGCGGUCCCGAUCUUAUUCAGCCAGAAGAGGCAGACAUUCACGAUCCAGGUCAAGGUCUAAGCGAACUAGAUCAAGAUCUGUUGUAAUCUUAAGGAAGAAUAGGAGAUCUCGAUCAAAGUCUAGGUCUCUCUCUCGUCACCUUUCCAAGCGUUCUAGAUCUAGGUCUCAGAUAGGGACAAGACAUUCCACAUCUAGGUCCCAGUCAAAAUCUAGGUUUUUUGAAAAAGAUUGUCAGCCUGCAAGUGAGACUGAAAAGAAAGAUACUGUUGCAGAAACAAAGAAUGACCGUAGCCCUGAAAUACAACCUCUAAAUGGAAGAGAAACUGGAGAUAAAAUCCAACAAAUUACUGGGAUCGAUGAGCUUUCCUCUGCUACUAUUGCAAAAGAUGGCAAUAACAGUGAUGGCCAAGCUAAGGGUCCCAUUGGAUCUUGGCGACCUGUUCCUUUCUUGAAUGACACCUCUUCUGCUGCUAUUACUGUCCCCACUGAGACCAAGCCUUCUGUGAAGUGCACUACACCUGAGGUGCCUUUGGAUGUGAGGAACAUUUCAGCAGAUACUAGUAAAGAUGCGGAUUAUUGUGUUAACACUGAAAAGAAAGAAGAAACUAUCAGUAUAGAUUUGAAAGACAACCAGAUAAUUAAGCAGAAACAUUCCAAGUCAAGAUCCAAAUCCAUAUCACCAACUGAUCGAAGGCACUCAAAAUCAGCCUCAAAAAAGAGAUCAAGAUCUAGAUCUUGUAAACGAAAGAGGUCCAGAUCAUCAUCCCAGAACAGCAAGAAGUCUCCUGCACGAAGAAAAAGAUCUAAAUCUAGAACACGGACUAAACGUUCAAAGUCACCUAAAAAUAAGAAGUCAAAAUCACGUUCACCAGGCCAAAAGAAGAGGUCUAGGGCCUCUGACAGAAGUAGACGGUCAAGAUCAAGACGUAGAUCUCGCUCUCGGUCAAGAAGAUCGAGGUCUGGUUCUCGCCGAAGAAGAGGUGGUUUCAGGAACAGAAUGUUCAGUCAGAGGGAUAGGUGGAAAAGAGAACCAAGCCAUUCACCUGUAGUCAUCUUGCGGAAGAAACGAUCAACAUCUCGAACGCGCCGUAGCACCAGCAAGACACCUCCACGCCUUACUGACCUUGAUAAAGACCAGUUGCUCGAAAUAGCCAAGGCUAAUGCUGCAGCCAUGUGUGCUAAAGCUGGGAUGCCUGUUCCAGAGAGCCUUAGGCCCAAAGCCAUUCUUCAGCUGCCAUUGCCAGCCCCGAAUCCCACACCUUUGUCCCUGCCCCUGCCCCUGCCUGUUAUGGGUGUGCCAGGGAUGGCCAACAUGACCAUGAACGCCGCUAUGGCUAGCAUGACGGCUGCCACCAUGACCGCCGCCCUGUCCAACAUGGGGGCUCUUGCAACCAUGCCACAGCUGCCCCCCUUGCCCACAAUCACCAAUAAGCCUCCGCCUUCAGCCGCACCAAACAUGGCCACCAUUGAGGAAGCUAAAAGGAAAGUGACGAAGCAGGCCAACAGCUACAGUAUCAAAGAGCUAACAGAAAAAUGCAAGAAGAUUGCAGAGAGCAAGGAGGAGAUGGCCAUUGCAAAGCCGUAUAUGUCGGAUGAUGAGGAAGACGAGAAACCUUUUGGAGGGGUUGCCCUUAAGGAGAACAAGGGCAUCACCUUCAGUCUCAGUAACCCCUCGGCGAAGCCGGCAGUGAGGUCAGAGGCCGCCUUCGCCAAGGAGUUCCCAGUGUCUUCAGGUUCCCAGCACCGCAAGAAGGAGGGAGAAGGAGCAUAUGGGGAGUGGGUGCCUGUGGACAAAAAGAUGGACAAGGUGGGGUCCUCUGGGACCGAGGACCAGAGCAAGGACAACGACAGUGUCUUUCCCGAGGCACCAGCACAGCCGGUGGACAUCACGCUGGCAGUGAGUGAGAGGGCAGCGGCACAGAAAAGGCUGGCAGAGAACCCCUUCGACAUCAGUGCCAUGUGCAUGCUUAAUCGUGCCCAGGAGCAGGUGGACGCUUGGGCCCAGUCCAACACUAUCCCAGGCCUCUUCACUGGUUCCACAGGUGCUCAAGUGCUCUCCUCUGAAGAGCUGUCCAACAGUGGUCCACAGGCUUGGAUCAAGAAGAUGUUGUCACAAAGCAGCUUUACAAAUGUCCCGAGUCCAAGCCCCCAGUGAGCAAGCCAAAAGUGAGUAAAAAAAUAAACAUAAGAAAUCUGUGUUGAAGAAAGGCAAUACUGCCUUUUCUAGUUUUAUUAAAAGUUAUUUUAUUCCAACCAAAAUCACUUUUGUUUAAUAAAUCCAAGUGCAUUUAUAUUGAUAUGUGGAUUAUGCCAGAAGCAGUAACACACCUGACCUUGCUAUAUCUGGUGGUUCUUAUUUUAAAAAAAAAGGAUGUAUCGUUUGAAGGCUUUGGAUUCUGACUAUUUGUGUAAUGCAAUCCUGAUAUUCAGGCUUGAUGAUCCCAUGUUUUUUUAUAGAGUUCUUCUGAGCUAAAUAAACAGCAGAGAAACGCCAUGCCUUCUGCCGUGCUAUAUGCCUACGCACUGAGAGGGCACACAGCCGGUUUGAUCAGUGGUGUGCUGCUGACGGGGUCAGCUAGGCUUAGUUAUCCCCACACCCGCAGACCGGAGUCUUGAGCUGCUGCAACAGACACAUUCUCAAACAGAUCUGCAUAUGCCUGCCUAUUAUAAGAAGUGUGCAGCAGUCGUUCACACCUUAAUCCAAAGCGCUCAAGUGUUUUUAAAAGGUGACCACUAUGCAAAUUAGUGAAAAGUUUAUUAAACUUACCUGCAAUUCUACAGUUUUUGAGUAAUACAUUUUUUUGAGUAAAAGAUCAUAUGAACACCAACUGAGCACAGAAUCUAGUUAUUUAUUUAUAGAUUUGGGUUUCAGUAGCUAUCAGCAUUAAUUUACGGGGAACAGGGUUCCAAAACAUUAAGUUGUUUUUCCCUCCUGACAGAAAUGGGAGAGCUGGGGUGGGGGGGUGGCACGAACGGACGAGGGGUGGGGGUUCACAGUCUGACCUGUGAACUCUCACCCCUCUGUAUGGAAACUUGUUGCAGGGUCAGUCCUUGUAGCAGCCUUGUUGCCAUGGGCACUGUCAGGCCCCUUCUGUUCACGUCAGAUGCUCGGCCGAUGGUGUGGCCCUAGGUACGUACGUCAUACAGCACCCUUACUUCUAUUCAUGUUGGAUUCUGUGUUCGCCCUGAUGAAAACAUUUUUGCCAUGUCUUUUGUGCGUGUUUCAACAGAACUGUGAGGGUAUUGACCCCUUGUCAAGGGUGGUAUGGAUGGCCCUGUCAAGGAAGAUGCUACCAUUUUAAAUAUUUAUCUGAUUUUUUUAUAAAAUUUUGAAUUAUUGUCUCAUUUAGUCCCUUGGACUAUGCUUUUACAUGUGAUGUGUAUGCUAGUUUGUUAUUAUUUUUACUUAAAAUAAUUAAGGGCCUUGGGGUUAAUUAUUUUAUCAGAUGCUUCACAAUCCUGCUGUAAGUUUUUUGAAAUUGAGAUUUUUUUCCUUAUCUCUUUGGGUAAAGUCAAGGAUCCAGAAGUCCUUAGUUUGUCCCAUAGAUAUACCUGUUUGCAUUGUCUCUAUACGUAGACAUGUUUUAGCCUGCUUCUGUUGUCAGCCUCAGCAUUUCUGUGCAGUCUCUUACUGUUUUCCUCUGCCUGUCUGCCUUCUCUCUCCUCUCUCUCUCUCUCUCUCUCUCUCUCUCUCUCUCUCUCUCUCUCAUUCCAUAUCUGUCCCCUGCUCCAUUCAGGACCAGUUCCUCCGCGCCGCACCCGUCUCUGGGGGUAUGGGGGAGCUGCUGAUGAGGAAGAUGGGCUGGCGUGUGGGAGAAGGUCUCGG